AUGGCAGCUACAACUGUCACUAGUGCAAUUCCUAAUCCCCCAGUUCUUAACCAGAAUAACUAUGAAGAUUGGAGUUUCCGGGUUAAACUCUACUUGUUAGCUGAAGAUCUUUGGGACGUUGUGGAAGCCACCACUGAACCUCCUAAACCAGAAGAUGGUGAAGCUGAGUUUAAGGCUUGGAGGAAGAAAGAUGCCAAGGCUUUAAUUCUAAUCCAGAAUAAUUGCGGGUCUGCUAAUUACUCUUUAAUCUUUGGCACUAAGACCGCCAAAGCUGCCUGGGAUACUUUGGCCGAAAAGCUAGAGCCAGCUGAAGAGGAGUUGGUGCUGUUGGUGCCACAGGUAGACUUGAAUAUCAAUCCGACUUCGAAUGAUGGAAAUGAGAGUAACACCAGCGACUUCAAUGAGUUCGCCCUCCAUCAACCCUUCAUUGAUAAUGUGGUAGAGGGUGAUUGGGAUUUAGCGAAGGAGUAUCUUAGUCGAAAUCCCGAAGCAAUCAGAGAAAGAGGUUCAAUAUCAGGUGCAACAGCUCUUCACCUGGCAGUUUCGGGUGGAUAUGUAAAUAUGGCGAAAGCGUUAGUGGAGUUGAUGACGGAGGAAGACUUGGAAAUACAGGAUGCUAAUGGUCUAACAGCUAUGGCCCACGCUGCGACUAAAGGAAUCACACAAUUGGCUAAGUGCAUCACUGAAAAAAACAAGAAACUGCUUACCCUUCCAUAUCCUCCGCAGAACUUUAUUCCACUUAUGACGGCUUAUUGUAUCGGCCAUUGGGAAUUGGCUCGCUACCUCUAUUCUGUUACUCCACCCGAAGCUCUGUUGCAAGACAACGGCUGCGAUGGCGCUGAGAUUGUUUCGGAAAGUUUUAGGGCCAAAAAAUUCGAUAUUGCAUUGGAUUUACUUCGGCGUUGCCCAAACUUAGCCCUUGCUGAAGACUACUCUGGGUUGACCCCUUUACAAAUGUGCGCUAGUACACGUUCUGGAUUUUUAAGUGGAAUGCAUCUCAAAUUCUGGCAACAAUGGAUUUAUGACCGUAUACAUGUACGACCUGGUUCAGCAGUUUAUGAUAUUCGCAUAAAUGUUGAAAACGUCGAAGAUGACCCAAUUAGUGAAAGGGAUCUCAUAGUUUGCUCAGGUAUACAUGUACGACCUGGUUCAGCAGUUUAUGAUAUUCGCAUAAAUGUUGAAAACGUCGAAGAUGACCCAAUUAGUGAAAGGGAUCUCAUAGUUUGCUCAGGUUGA